AUGCAGUCAUCCAAUUAUUAUCAACCCAACCCACAGCAGCAAUACAUGUUGCAGCCAUCAAUGGUGGAUGAUAAUUCCAUCUCUCAUGCUCCUCCUGGCAGCGGUGGUGGUGAAGAAGACGAUUCUGAUGGUAGUGGCAUGCCUGAUAAACGAUCUGGAAGAAGAAAAAUCAAGAUUGAAUACAUCAAUGAUAAAUCAAGAAGACACAUAACAUUCUCCAAGCGAAAAGCUGGUAUCAUGAAGAAGGCUUAUGAAUUGAGUACACUGACAGGUACUCAGGUCUUGUUGUUGGUUGUGUCUGAAACUGGCCUUGUAUACACAUUUACUACACCUAAACUCCAGCCUCUUGUCACAAAGCCAGAAGGAAAGAACUUGAUUCAGUCUUGUCUGAAUGCUCCUGAUCCAAUUGAAUCAACUUCUUCAUCGUCUAUGGAUCAUCAUCACCAGCAAGCACAACAACAAUCUCGAUCUGUCAUGACAACCAAUAAUGCACCUACAUCCCCACCUACGGUUAGUACUACCCACAAUCGUUUUUAUUAG